UCGUAGAUUGUGGGCCUUCAUUGGUCAGCAUGCAGGUGACGUCAUAUUCGUCAUAAUUUAGAGGAAGCGGGAACUUCAUCGCCCUCGGUUUGACUGGAUCCGCCUCGUCUGUCUCCACGCUGGCUGCAAAAGUCCGAAGCUUCACACAUGGCUUGCGAGAAAGAAAUAUGGCAGAGGAUUGGAGAGGGCUUUGUUCAAGUAUAUUACACCCAGUUUGACUCGGGCAACAGGUUGAGUCUGGGUGAACUUUAUGCCACUAAUGCGUGUUUGUCGUGGGAAGGAACACCUUUCCACGGGAGGGAAGCCAUUGCAGAAAAACUUGCAGGCUUGCCUUUCAAGUGUAUUAAGCACAUUAUCACAGAACAAGACUGCCAACCGACGAUAGAUAGUUGUAUCCUCAUUAUGGUGUUUGGACAGUUACAGGCUGAUGAACAUCCACCAAUGGCCUUCCAUCAAGUGUUUAUGUUGAAGAACCAGAACAAUGCGUGGGCUUGCACAAAUGAUGUGUUCCGGUUGGGGCUACACAACAUACCAGUGUAGCAGAGUGUCGGCUCACGCACUUUGACAUCUGACCCUAACAUCAUGCUGGAGGAGGGGGUCGUGCUGUCAUCAUCGAAAACCCAAGGAAUGAUAUGUGACGUUCCUCCAUGUUUGCAAUACAUCUUUAAACACGCUGGUCAUAUCGGAGAGAUGUCAAAUUACAUUCCUGUCCAAUAAAAGCAUUUAGUAGUUUGAA